AUGACUUUACAAGAAUCUGAUAAAUUUGCUACCAAGGCCAUCCAUGCCGGUGAACACGUCGACGUUCACGGAUCUGUCAUAGAGCCCAUCUCUUUGUCAACCACUUUCAAGCAAUCCUCCCCAGCCAACCCCAUUGGUACUUACGAGUACUCCAGAUCUCAGAACCCCAACAGAGAAAACUUGGAGAGAGCUGUGGCCGCUUUGGAAAACGCCCAGUACGGGUUGGCCUUCUCCUCCGGGUCUGCCACCACCGCCACCAUCUUGCAAUCGCUUCCCCAGGGCGCCCAUGCGGUCUCCAUCGGUGACGUGUACGGUGGUACCCACAGAUACUUCACCAAGGUCGCCAACGCCCACGGCGUGGAGACCUCGUUCACUAACGAUCUGUUGACCGACCUGCCCCAAUUGCUGAAGGACAACACCAAGCUGGUUUGGAUCGAAACGCCAACCAACCCUACGUUGAAGGUCACCGACAUUCAAAAGGUCGCAGACCUUAUCAAGAAGCACGCCGCCGGCCAAGACGUCAUCCUGGUCGUCGACAACACCUUCUUGUCCCCAUACAUCUCCAACCCAUUGGACUUCGGCGCCGACAUCGUCGUCCACUCCGCUACCAAGUACAUCAACGGUCAUUCGGACGUCGUGCUCGGUGUCCUGGCCACUAACAGCAAGCCAUUGUACGAGCGCCUGCAAUUUCUACAGAACGCCAUCGGCGCCAUCCCAUCUCCCUUCGACGCUUGGUUGACCCACAGAGGUUUGAAGACUCUGCACCUACGUGUCAGACAGGCUGCCCUCAGCGCCAUCAAGAUCGCCGAAUUCUUGGCCUCAGACAAGGAGAACAUCGUCGCCGUCAACUACCCGGGCUUGAAAACCCACCCCAACUACGACGUCGUGUUGAAGCAACACCGUGACGCCCUAGGCGGUGGUAUGAUCUCCUUCAGAAUCAAAGGUGGUGCUGAAGCCGCCUCCAAAUUCGCCUCUUCCACAAGACUCUUCACGUUGGCUGAGUCUCUGGGCGGCAUCGAGUCCCUGUUGGAAGUGCCCGCUGUGAUGACCCACGGUGGCAUUCCAAAGGAGGCCAGAGAGGCCUCCGGUGUUUUCGACGACUUGAUCAGAAUCUCCGUCGGUAUUGAAGACACUGACGAUCUUUUGGAAGACGUCAAACAAGCUUUGAAGCAAGCCACCAUCUAA